CUCCCUCGUAUCGAGGCAAUCAACCAGUGACAUUCAUGAACUGACUCUGCCCUGUUGACCGACCAAUCCAACCAUCAUCCUCUUAGCACCGGAUGCCUCGGUAAGAAUAGCAUCGGAGCCUACGUAGUAUGCUUCUUUAGUCACAAACACCGUGACCUCACCUGGCCCAUGAUUUCUUCAGAAACUUUGACCUCAUUCUCUCUAGGCCGUCACACUCAAUCUCUCAACACCUGUCCUCUCGAAACCUUUCCCUUCCGGCCCAGGCCCUUGGCCAUGCUCUUGGCCAUGCCAUACGGCUAAUUCUUAGGGCCGAGGGCUCUGCUCUGCCCGCCCCCUCACCUCUCAGUGCCUCCAUCGCUAUUCCAAGCAUACCAGUGGUGUUUAACUACCCUCAACCAGGUCUUUACUGAAAGCCCUUCUCUCUUAUGCAUAGCCUCGAUUCAAGGAGUCGACUACUUGGUUUUCCAAAGGUGCUCAACUUCUCUUCUGUUGACCGGCCGCAUCUGAUCUGAGCACAUCAUGGCUGGUUCCAUUUCAACCACCAAAGCCCUCGCUGCUCCUGCGACCGUAGCAGCUCUCGCCUACCUUAACGCACGAUGGCGUCUUCCCGUCGACUUCAAUCUCCUGUCGAGCCUCAUCCGCGCCCGCCUCGAGUUUGCCCGACGCGAAAAGGCCGACCGAGUAAACUCUUUCUACCUGAUCGAAGCACAUGCCAAUAACCCAAAGGUCAAGGACAAAGUCUUUAUCAUUUAUCAGGGCCGUAAAUGGACUUUUAAACAAGCCUACGACUCAGUCUUGCGUUAUGCUGGCUAUCUACAUUCCCAGCAUUCCGUCAAGCCUGGCGAGAUCAUCGCCCUGAACUUCAUGAACAGUCCCCAAUUCCUCUUCAUGGUCAUGGCUGUGUGGUCUCUGGGUGCUUUACCGGCCUUCAUUAAUUACAACCUGGUCGGACCUGCUUUUAUCCACAGUGUCCGUGUUUCAACUGCUAGACUUCUCAUCCUCGACCCUGAAGUCGCAGCAAGAGUCCUCACCGACGAAGCCACCUCAACGCUCAAAGCCCCAAACUUCCGCAAUAAUGCCUUUCCCAUGGAACUUGCCGUCUUGAACCCCGGCCUCCAGUCUUCCCUUGAUUACUACCCCCCUUACCGUGCACCCGACUCGGCACGCUCAGGCGCUAUCGCUCGUUCACCUGCCGUCUUGAUUUUCACCUCCGGAACCACUGGUCUCCCAAAAGCCGCCAUUGUUCCAUGGGAUCGCACCGUUGUCGGUUCUACCCUGAUUUCAAGGUGGAUGAGCCUGCGACCGGUCACUCAUUCCAACCCCGACCGCUACUACACAUCCAUGCCUCUCUACCACUCGUCGGCUUUUCAACUAGGCUUCCACUGCUGCCUGAGCAUCCCCACCACUCUCGUCCUCGGUCGAAAAUUCUCCGUUAGCAAUUUCUGGUCCGAAGUCGCCGACGCCGACGCUACUGUCAUUCAAUACGUUGGAGAGACUCUCAGGUAUCUUCUUGCCGCACCGCCCCAGCCCAACGACCGUACGAAACAUAACUUGCGCAUGGCCUUUGGGAAUGGUCUGAGGCCGGACGUCUGGGAUCGGUUCCGCGACCGCUUUGGCGUAGCAACCAUCGCCGAAUUUUAUGGAGCCACCGAGGCUGUUGCGGCGAGUUGGAACUUAUCCAACAACACCUUCGCCUCCGGUGCGAUUGGUUCCGUUGGUCUUCUCGGCAACCUUGUCGCUCUCAAGGCCCAAGCCGUUGUCGAAGUGGAUUGGGAAGCCGAAGCUCCAAAACGUGAUCACAAGACGGGAUACUGUAUUAAGGUCCCCCGUGGCGAACCAGGCGAACUGCUCUACGUAGUUGACCCUGCCGAUAUUGGGGCAAAAUACCAAGGCUAUUUUGGUAACGAAAAGGCCAGCACAUCUAAGAUCCUUCGCAAUGUCUUCAAGAAAGGCGACGCCUGGUAUCGAUCUGGCGAUGUUGUUCGCUUCGACAGCAACGGCUCCCUCUGGUUCUCGGACCGUAUCGGCGACACGUUCCGCUGGCGCAGCGAGAAUGUUUCCACGGCAGAAGUGGCACAAGUGCUGGGCCUUCAUUCCGCCAUUCUAGAAGCCAACGUCUACGGCGUCCAGAUUCCCAACCACGAUGGCCGUGCCGGCUGUGCUGCCGUGCUCCUCCGUGACGUUUCAAGCUCUGACAGCCCAGUACCUCCCUCGGUCCUAGAGGCUAUUGCCACCUAUGCGCGCAAUUCAUUGCCCAAAUAUGCCGUCCCCGUCUUUCUCCGUAUCGUGACUGAAGUCAUGGCCACGGGGAACAAUAAACAGCAAAAGCACGUACUGAGAACCGAGGGCGUUGAUCCGGCCAAGGUUGGAGGAGGUGACCGCAUCUUCUGGCUGCGUCCUGGUUCGGAUCGAUAUGAGCGAUUUGGGGAUGAGGCGUGGCAGGGGAUCAAGAAUGGCACAGUGAAGCUGUGAUGAGGUGGUUCUAUGCCGAGGGUGGAGAUGCUACAUCAGACUAGCAUUUUCAGGCGGUGUUGGAACAAUAGUAUAUACACAAUCAUGAGAUUUGAUUCCUCAAUUUAAGGGGCCUUCGGAAAGAGACACGACGUUGCGUUGGGCAACACCUGUAUCCUUGUUACUCAGCAGAGACUUGAUCAUGCAGUGGAGAGAGCCAUGAUGCAUGUGUGGCUAUGUACAAGUAUUGGUAUUUCCCUGCCUGUAUGGCCUG